UGAAGAUGUUUGAUCAACGAAAGCAGUUCAAGACGAAGUUAUGUGCGCUUUAUCAGAAUGGUCGUUGUAAUCGCCAGAACUGUUCUUUUGCACAUGGGAAUACCGAGCUUCGACGAUUUUCAUCCAACUAUAAUGAAGAAUAUUCCUGAAUGAUGAACUUACAAACAUUUUGAAGAGCUCUUCUUGUAUCUUCUUGCAUACAUAGAUGGCUGUAGAUAUGUCCUUGGACUAUUUUGUAGUCCACUAGUCCUGUGUCUGUUUGUGUUUGUACCAUGACUUCUGCACAAGCUGGUCUAUUAUUAUUCAUGAUAUAAGUUUAAUCUAUGGGGAGUCUGAGUUACAUCUCAUAUUUAUGAUAACAUACUUAACUUGCAUGGGGAAAAUUGACUAAUGAUUAGAAAAUGAAGCAUUGCAUGAAGAAAAUUUGAGGAAAUAAAUUAUAUAGUGGUGACACAUUAUCGGCAUCUCCUGUAAUCUAAUUAAUUCACAUCUCCAGCUUGUUUAGUCGGCACACUGUUAUUCCAUUUCUUUAUCUGGAUUCAAUACUCUUAAAACAGAGGAUCUGGAUGCUUAUCUAAUAAUAUGGUCCAUACGUCCAUUGAUUCUGUGAAAGAAGAUAUCAAAGCAUUCAUAUGCAAUUACACAUGGCAUGUGGGAUUAAUGUCGAAUUGAUAUGUUCAAUUUCAACGAUAGGACAUCUGUCCACUUUAUCUUGUUGAUUGUAGCAUGUCCAGCAGUGCGGAUAUUUCAUUUAAAUGAUAAAUUCUUCGCAAUGAAUUCUUCCGAUUGGUUUAUCUUAGAGGCAAUGCUGGUGUUGUUUGACAUAGUAUUUUCUUGGCAAUGUUUUAUAUGCUUCAUUCCAUAAAUAUGCAGAACAAGUGUUUCCUGAAGGAUAUUAAUCAGGCUUACAUGGAUGUAUCUGGCUAUCUGCUAGCUUCUUAUUUCGAUCAGAAGAGUUCAACGAAUUUCCCAAUCAAUUCAUAUAUGAAUUCCACUAUUUAAGUGUGGAUCUUAUGAUAUUCCUUUGUGCUGUUACUUCGUUUUGGCUCUUAUGAUAUUGCUUAUUAUAUUCCUUUUGGCUGUUACUUCAUGGCUACAUGGACAUAGGCAAAAUGGAAUUAUUAACACAGAUGAUAUCAGUAGAUAUCAAAUCUCAUAGCCUUCGGAUGGAUCUUUAUUUCUUAAGCAUCUUGGAUAUGACUUUCCAUUCAAGGUUAUAUAUUAUGUCAUACUUCUCAACAAGAUGAAGAUGUGAACUGUUGUUAAUCCAUUGCUACCUUGAUUACACUUCAAAGAUAUAAGCUACAUACAUGGUUUUACUAUAUCUGUCAUAAUAUGAGGGUGAUAUUUUCUAUCUACUUUUUGCUCUUACAUGGGAGGCACUUAUACUAUUCAUUAUUAUAUUUCUCUUGUUAUUCCUGAUAUUGGAAAGAGAGACUAUUUAGGUAACAAUGACUUGAGGGAUAAACUUGAUAGAAGGCAUUUAUCACCUCCAAGAUAUUCACCGGCUCGAGAGGCAAGAGGUCGGCAGACCAUUCGCGAAUAUAGUCCACUGAGAUCUCCAGAGAAAAGAAGUGACAGAAGACAUCGGAGAAAACAGGAUAUCAGUGGCCAAAGUGAUAUUUCUGGAAGUUUAAAAGUCUCUGAGAGAAUUAAUGAUCCAGUGAAAGAAGAAAAAAUGAUUUCCUCUGGUUCUAGAAAUACUCUUGAGGAUCAGCUGAAGAAAGUACACUCUGAUAUCAAAACUCUUGAGAACCGAAAAUCCCAACUAUCGGUCUGCCUGGAUGAGAGUGUUCAAGAAUUGGAUAGCCUUAAUUCUAGAAUUCAGGAACUUGAGGCUCAGUUAAACAAAGAGGAUGGGGAGUAUAAAAGAAUUACUUCAAAAAUAAGGAAGUUUGUUCGAAUGCACAAUCAGAAAUUGGAGUUGCAAGAUGAACUAAAGAGAUCACAGGUCCGACUUCAAAGGUUCGGAGAUCAGCUUUUCUCAGACAUUUCUAGAAUUGGUGCUGAUGAGGAAGAUUUAAGCGUUGAUAUUGUAAGCAAUGGUGAGAAUACUGGUCUUCCUCCAAUUACCAAACAUAAUUUGGAACAGAACGGCGGAUCGCCUUGCAGAAAAAGGCUGCAUGCAGAACGAGAUUCUGUGGAAGAGUUACAACAAGGGCAUUCAGUGGAAAUAGCAAGAAGCGGAAAGCGGACUCGAUUGAGUUUGUAUGCUCAAUCGAUUGACAAGAGUUGUGAGGAGGCCCCUGACAAUGGAAUUGAAGUAUCUAGGCACCAAGAUCUUGAAGGAAAACACAAGAAAGGAAUAUGGAAUUCUUCUAACAACAUUCAUUCAGAAAGGCCGAAGGAAUCCAGGAUUGAAGUGCCGUCAACCAGCAUGGCAGCUCAUGUUGAUGAGGAAGUUGAUAUUGAGCAUGAUAACGGAACUGAUACCAAUGAAACUGCAAGGACAGAAAAUGAUAAUGGAAUGGCAUUACAGGUGAAGGGCAUAUCUCUCAUGCUUACCCCAGAUUUGAUUCCCCGCAACAAUUAUUCACAGUAUGAGGGUAAAAACGAGAAUGUGGACGUGGAUGGUCUUGAUGAAAGAGCAGCAGAAGCGCAUGUGGACACGGUCUAAUUAGUGUUUGCCAUUUCUAGCUUUUUGUUUUGGUGGUUCAAAGUUAGUAUAUUGAAAGCAUGAAUAUGUUGGAGAAAGCUUUUCUAUUAGGAUAGGAUGCAAGAUAGUUGAACAAGAAACAAAUUACUUUAGUACUUUUCUUUGCAUGGAUGUACUGAUGUAUUCUGUGCUGGUGAAUAUUAAUUAGUUACAGUGCAUAAGUUUAUGACAUUUGUGGUGGUGCUUAAGCUAAGUGUCUAUUGACUGUAGGAUGUGUUGAAGUCAUGAAUGAUUGCACUAUAUAAUCCUCACAUGCCUAUGUCAUUUUUUGGGGUUUUAAAGAACCCAAUAUGUAAUGUUUUUUAUUCAUAAGUUGAAAUAAGCUGAAAAUGACAAGUUACUUUUACUAGUUUA